CACCUUUGCUUUGCGUCAGAAUCAGUGGCCGCGCAUUGGUCGUUGAGAAGUAUGACAUUUUCAGAGACGGAUCUGACCAUGAUUUCGUACUAGGCCGAGGCAUUCCACAAUGCUGCAUUGUUGAUGGUUUUUCCUCUUUUUUAAGGAAAUAAAGUCUAUGUUGGACAAUGUAGACUAUAUAAAAUCAGAAAUGCGUCUCUAACGAAGACACCUACGUGACACACUUGCCGAUGAGGUCCUGACUCUGAUGACGGGCGGCUCGGGGGAGGAAGAAUGCAGCAGAAACGUAACAUUCAGAUCAUCGAGUGGGAGGACCUGGACAAGAGGAAGUUCUACUCCUUUGGCGUGUUCAUGACCAUGACGAUCCGGGCGGCGGUGUACCCGGCCACGCUGAUCCGCACGCGGCUGCAGGUGCAGAAGGGCAAGUCGCUGUACAGCGGCACCUUCGACGCCUUCUUCAAGAUCCUGCGGGCCGAGGGCGUGCGCGGCCUGUACCGCGGCUUCAUGGUCAACACCUUCACGCUCAUCUCCGGCCAGGGCUACAUCACCACCUACGAGCUGGUGCGCAAGUACGUCUCGCGCUACUCCUCCGACAACACGCUCAAGUCGCUGGUGGCGGGCGGCUCGGCCUCGCUGGUGGCGCAGAGCAUCACGGUGCCCAUCGACGUGGUGUCCCAGCAGCUGAUGAUGCAGGGCCAGGGCGAGCACCUGACCCGCUUCAAAGUCAAGCCCAAGAUGGUGAUGGCGGCCGGGAAGUACAAGGUGACGUUUGGACAGACGCGGGACAUAAUCGUGCAGAUCUUCGCGGUAGACGGCUUCCGCGGGUUCUAUAGGGGAUACGUGGCUUCCCUCUUGACGUACAUCCCGAACAGUGCCGUCUGGUGGCCUUUUUAUCACUUCUACGCAGAGCAGCUCUCCAAGAUGGCGCCCAGUGAGUGUCCUCACCUGAUCCUGCAGGCCAUGGCGGGGCCACUGGCUGCGGCCACCGCGUCCACCGUCACCAACCCCAUGGACGUGGUGAGGGCCCGAGUGCAGGUGGAAGGCCGGACGUCGGUCAUUGAGACUUUUAAGACGCUGCUGGCUGAGGAGGGUUUCUGGGGAAUGACCAAGGGGCUCUCUGCUCGCAUCAUCUCCUCCACGCCCACGGCUAUCGUCAUGGUGGUGGGGUACGAGACGCUGAAGAAGCUGAGCCUGAGGCCGGAGCUGGUGGACUCCAGGCACUGGUAGAGCAUGUAGGGGACCGCCAUCGCUCCUGGCAACGCCUCUGCUCUCGGUUAUCUCUCCCAGGGUCCCCUCAUCCCACGGUUUUUUGUUGGCCUUUUAACUCUUUGUUGCCUUGUGAUGUUUCCUUGCGGAGGUGGGGGGGUAUUUUAACCUUUACUUAGAUGUUGGGGAAAAAAGUUAUUUUCUCUGAGGACUUAUUUUGAAAACCCGUAAAUGAAAAGAUCAAGAAAAGAAAUUUCAGUUGCAUCAAAAAUUGUAAUUUAAAUUACACAAUAGAAUAAAAUUAAGAUGGUUCAAAUGGAGUUAAAUUUUUAAAGCAGCAGUUUUGACCACGAUUGGCAAUGCAAGAUCAGGGGACUAAGUAUGAAUGGAAAGUUAACCUGAACAGUGAAAUGGACCCUUUGUCCUUUUUGACAGUUUUCCAGCUAUGAUUUUAGCAGCACGAUUUAGAAGGAAACAGAACUGUAAAAGUAAUACGAUCAUAAGUGCACACUGCUCCUACUACUUGGGUUCUCUAGCAGACAAUCUAAACCAGCGUGGUAGAACAGUGUAAAUAAGCACUAGAUCAGAAUACCUGGAUGCGUCCCCUCAGUCCACCAUGGAUGAGUGUGUUUUAACAGGGUAGGGGUACAUCUUGCUUAAAGGCACUGUUAAAAUACAGAAAGCCAGAUGAAGCUCAAGUGAACAAUAUAGGGAACAAGAGAACAAAAACCGUAUACAGUACAGCCGUAUAUUCAUUUCAUCAACCAUUUUCCUCCUCUGAUGAAAGUUCAGGGGGAAUUACUGUGAUUAGGGGGAGAAGGGGCCCAAGAGCAGCCAUGUUUGAAAUGGUACAGCAUCUCUGGGAAAAGCUCAAUAUUCAAUGGAUGUAAAAAUAAAAAAAAAAAUAUGGAACAGAGUUUUGGGCCAAAGUGAGGUUUUUAGAAAUGUAUAAAUUCAGUCAUAAUAGGACACACCUUUCUCCAAGGAAACUAUUGUGCAGCUAGUCUCAUUUAUUUCAAGGUGUGCAGGGAUACAGUGGACAUUACGCUCGUUGCUCUUUGAAGGGGGGGGUGUUUAAAAUUUUUUUUUUUUUAAAUCCUCAGUGUAAAAGGGUUCAACCAAUCCAGUCCUCUCACAUUCCUAACAGCUUGUCGCAGUGUCAAUCCAAGCUUUAUGGACAGCUCUUUUUCAGGGAUGACCCUACUUAUGGAAAUUCUUUGUUUGCAAGACUGUAUUUAUUUCUUUUCACUAUUUGCUUAUUUCCAAUGGUGACUAAUAAAGUUGUCCAUGCACGUCUUUAGAUGAAAAGAAUGUGUAAGAACACUGUCGGAUCAGGAACCAGGAGGUGGGUUCACCUACUGGUUAAAAUAAGUUGCUCACAGGGAACUAACAAAGAACUACAGUGGGAAAUGGCAUGUUUCAAGAUUAUGAAAUGCACAUUUAACAGUCGGCUUGGAUUUUGGUUUUUAUAGGUGAACAUUACACAUCUUUUACCUGGAGAACUGACAGUGUUCUAAUGGAAGGCUGGUGCUCACAUUAAUAAGCUUCUUUGUAUUAUGGACAUUAAAAAUGUUCAUUAAUUUCUGAAAAUGAACAAAGGUUUGUAACAUGGAUGUGGCAAUCAUGCCACAAGGUAUCCGGAAAUGCUACUGUGUGUACUGUACCUGUCAUUCAAGUUUGGCUGUGAAAAGCAAAGGAACAGAUACUAAAUGGUUAUUUUUAAAUAAGGGGUUGGGGUGCAUGGGGUGAGGGAGAGUGGUCCAGUCCAUUUAGUGCCUACCUUUGUAAGGAGCGCCGCCUGUUCUGCAGGCAGAGCUGUCCAAACACCUCAACCUAUGGGCACAUCAUUUUAACAGCAUGAAGACUUCAAAAUGGAGGUGGUCAAGGGGGCUGCUGUAAUGGUCUCCUCUUGGUUUUCAGCAUGCGAUUGACUGCACUGACCUGUAGAAAGAGAAUAUCCAUGUGAAAAUAUCCUAAUGAAAACUGAUUGAUUGAUAAAGUCAUCGGAA